GCUAGUGAGCCUGGGGCGGGGGCGGGGCGCGGCUCAGAGCGCGAAACAUGGCUGGGCUAGGUGUCGGCGUCGGUGGCGGCGGCUACAAGGACGAGGGCGACGAGGGCGACGAGGGCGUGCUCCAGGCGGCCGUGGAGGUGUUCGCGAAGCUAAAGGCUCUCAACUGCCCGGUCCUUGAGGGUCUUUAUAUCACAGAACCUAAGACCAUUCAGGAACUGCUGUGUAGUCCUUCGAAGUACCGCUUGGAGAUCCUGGAGUGGAUGUGUGUUCGGGUCUAUCCCUCCUGGCAGGACAAGUUCAGCUCGCUAAAGGGGGCCCCAGCUGAGGUGAAGAUCCAAGAGAUGGUGAAACUAGGCCAUGAGCUGAUGCUGUGUGGGCUGGAUGACCAGGAGCUCCUGAAGGGCCGGGCCUGCGCCCAGAAGCAGUUGCACCUCAUGGACCAGCUGCUGGAUGCAGUCCGGACCCUGACCAUUGGAUGCUGCUCCAGUGUGAAGGAGGACUUCGAGGAUACCAGAGAGAAGAAUGAGGCACUGCUGGGGGAGCUCUUCUCUAGCCCCCAACUGCAGACGCUCCUGAGCCCAGAGUGUGACCCGUGGCCCCUGGAUACGCAGCCCCUCCUUGACCAGCAGGGGGCCAGCCCCUCUGUGGAGCUGGAGGAGGAGAAGGUGAUGGAGCUGGCCAGGAAGCUGCAGGAGAGCACCGCCAAGCUGCAGAUGCUCAGGGUAGAGCACAAGCAAGGAGUUUCUGUGAGCAGGGCCGACACCAGCACCCUGGACCAGAAGCUGCGCCUGGUCAUCUCUGACUUCCACCAGCUCGUUGUGGCUUUUCUCCAAGUCUAUGAUGACGAGCUGGGUGAGUGCUGCAAGCGCCCAGGCCCCUACCUCCACCCGAGUGGCCCCGUCAUCCAGGCCGUGUACCAGACUCUGAAUUCAUGCAGCCAACUGUUGAAAGCGGUCAUGGAGGUCACUGACACCUCGGCCCAAGCCGUGGAGAUGGCGAAGCAGCAGCAGGGCGAGCAGAUCUGUUGGGGCAGCAGCAACUCUGUCAUGAGUGUAGCCACCAAAGUGGAAGAACUAACUCAGAAAUACAAGAUCUUCAGUGACAGUCUGCAGAAAGGCAUGGAGUAGUCUGUGAGCAGGAAGCUCUGCCCUGAAGAGUCAAGUGGCCGGGGGUGGGGGGCGCAGG